CAGUACGCGCCCCUGGAUUCGAGCAGCUGAAGUCGCAGCCACUCCACUCCAUGUUUUGCCCUGCCCUUGUGCGCUCUGCUCGCUGUGCAGCGUGUGUCUCCGUUGCAUUUCGCCUUUCUUCACACUGACACUGAACACAAGGUGCUGGUUGUGUGUGCGGGAGAAGUUGUUGGCACAGAGAGCACCAGGUAGCAACUGUCUUCUUCCAACGGAUUUGUUUAAGCUGGAAGCAAUCGGGACUCGCCGGGUUCUUCUUUUUUCUUUUUCGAGGUGGAAGAUAGGAAGCUUUUUGCAAUGAGGCGGACGUACCAGAAUCUAAAGUGAGGAGUGAUUUUUAUUUUUAUUUUUUAUUUUUUGUUUUAAUGAACAUCUACCACCCUGCUCACCGGAGAAAUCUCUCACUUCAGCCCUUUUGGAUAUCUAGUUUUCCCCCCCCCCCACGGAGGUCGUUAUUUCCCUGUGAAACAUUAUCAAGGAUUUCACUGAUGUAUGCGAUGUGGAGACUGCAAGUCGCCUUAUGUACUCUGUCGGUGCUGCUGUCCCUGUCAUCUGCUGGUGAAAGCAAAGCGCGGAGCUGUAGCGAGGUUAGGCAAGCUUAUAACGUUAAAGGAUUCAGCCUCGUCAAUGUACCUCAUCAGGAAAUAUCAGGUGAGCACCUGCGUGUCUGUCCUCAGGGAUACACGUGCUGCACAUCCGAGAUGGAGGACAAACUCAACCAGCAGAGCAAACUGGAGUUCGAGAACUUGGUUGAGGAGAACAGCCACAAUAUGAGGACGACAUUUGUCUCGAGGCAUAAAAAGUUUGAUGAGUUUUUCUUGGAGCUGCUGGACAAUUCUGAGAAGUCUCUCAACAGCAUGUUCACACGGACAUACGGGAAGCUGUAUAUGCAGAACUCAGAGGUGUUCCAGGACCUGUUUACUGAGCUAAAGCGCUACUACACAGGGGGCAACGUCAACCUGGAGGAGAUGCUGAAUGACUUCUGGUCCAGGCUACUGGAGCGCAUGUUCCAGUUACUCAACUCCCAGUACCACUUCACAGAUGACUACCUGGAGUGCGUCAGUAAAUAUACAGAUCAGCUAAAGCCUUUUGGAGAUGUGCCCAGGAAGCUGAAAGCCCAGGUCACCAGGGCCUUCAUCGCUGCACGGACGUUUGUCCAGGGGCUAAUGGUGGGUCGGGAGGUUGCCAACAGGGUCGCUAAGGUGAAUGUAGUUCCUGCAUGUGUCAGAGCCUUGACCAAGAUGCUGUACUGUCCAUAUUGCCGUGGCAUGCCCGGGCUGAAACCCUGUCACAACUACUGUCACAACGUUAUGAGGGGCUGUCUGGCGAACCAGGCAGACCUUGACGCUGAGUGGAACCUCUUCAUCGAUGCUAUGUUACUGGUGGCAGCCAGACUGGAGGGACCCUUCAACAUUGAAGCAGUUAUAGAGCCAGUUGACAUCAAGAUCUCUGAGGCCAUCAUGACCAUGCAGGACAACAGCAUGCAAGUUUCAGCUAAGGUUUUUCAAGGGUGUGGCCAACCAAAGCCAUCAGGAAUAGGCAGGUCUGCACGCGGCAUCUCAGAUGUGUUCAGCACUCGUUUCAGACCCUACACCCCUGAAGAGAGGCCAACCACAGCAGCAGGAACAAGCCUGGAUAGACUGGUGAUUGACAUCAAAGAGAAAUUGAAGGAGUCCAAGAGGUUCUGGUCCAACCUGCCAGAUGACAUCUGUGCCAAGGGCAAGCUCGCAGAGUCUGACGAGGAGCAGUGCUGGAACAGCCACACUAAGGGCAGAUAUUUCCCUGAAGUGGUGAAGGAGGGUCUAACCAACCAGGUGAACAACCCAGAGGUGGAUGUGGAUAUCACCAGGCCCGACACACUGAUACGACAGCAGAUCAUGGCUCUUCGUGUCAUGACCAACAAGCUAAAAAAUGCCUACAAUGGCAAUGACAUCUACUUCCAGGACUCAAGUGACGAGGGCAGCAGUUCUGGCAGUGGCAGCGGCUGCUCUGACGGCUGCACAACAGAGUUUGUUUUUGUUGGAACAGAGGCUCCUGUGAUCGGAGCCGACAGAAGUGAUGAACGUGCAGCAGCAGCAGCCGCAGGCAAGUCACUUUCUCGCGGACCUUCCCUAAUGUUGGUGAUAGUCGCCCUCACAAUCCCACUCUGGGCAAUGAAGACUCAAUGGAGAUAAUAUAUGGGUGUGGCCUGAUCACUGACUUUUAUACUGUUACAUACAGUAUGUUCAACAGCAAGUUCUACUGCUGUUCCCUCACUGGACAUGUAGAACCUUCUGGAAACCUGUCGAGAACUUACUGUGUGGUAUGGUAGGACUGGAAGUUUGUGCAGUGCUGCAUCCUGCUCGUCCCCCAAAGAAUGCUUGGUGCCAUCAAUGAACCAGCUUUCACAUCUCUGAAAAAAGAUAAUGUGGUAUUUUCGCAUUAUUCUAAAGUGGGGUUUGAAGAACAUGCUUCUGUUUUAGACAGUGAAAACCACUGGAUCUGAUUUUUCAGAUAAAAGGGGAAUCUAUUUUUCUUUUCCUUUGUAUGAUGAAGUUGUGAAAACGAGACAAAAUCCAUUUUAUCCUAUUAGUCUUGUCCCCCUCAAACAAAAAGGAGAAAGUCUUACUGUGUGCAUGCAUGGAAAUGAUGUUAACUGACAAAAAACAUUAUUUUUUUUUUUUUUUUAAAUGCAGGCUACACAGUUUUGGAUUGGUUGGUACAGGAUUGUAAAGUGCUAGCAGUUCACCUGGUUUCCCGUUUGGUCAUAUCAGUGUGGCUUCAGGAAGCAGCAGUUCUUACAGCCACUUUAUAGUUGCACAUUUAAUUAUCUCUAAAAAAGUGCUAAUGUACUGCACUAAGAGAACUACUUUGCACAGAUUAUUUUUGUUGGCUUCAUAAGUUUAUAAAGCUACAGGAAACAUCCACCCCAUAGAGAAAGAAGAUCUAUAUUUUCAGAUCAUUUAACUGAUUGUAUUGUACUUAUAAACAGUUGCAGUAUGUAUUUCACUGGAAGGUACUGUAAUGUAAUCUUACUGGUUUAGUUAAUCGCUUAAUUUUUUUAAAUAAAUGUAAUAUUUGUUUUUACAAACAAUUUGAUCAUGUGUAAAAUGAAAAAAAGAGAGUUUUUGCAACAACACUAAGCCAUUAUACUACAAUUGCCUGCUAACAAUAUUCAGUUACCUGAUUUACUCUUUUCAGUUUGGAUACUCAACAUCCUUUUUAUUUCUCAGAGGACUAUUAGUAAUAUUAGGUAAGUGUUAACAUUUUGACUUAUUUUCCUGGCUCCCUUGCUUUAAUAAUUUAUGAUUAUGAUUUAUUGUGUUUGUUUAUGUCAUUUGUUUAUAUAACACAUAAGAAAGGUUACCCAUUCAUUGUAACCCUAGUCCUGUGAGCUCACAUGCAGCCCUCUGACUGGGGCUGCAGGUUUACCUAAUUCCAACCUAAGAUUUGGCCAAUCAGAACCACCCCUAAAACCUAAAAACUACAGGUUGUAUGAGUGGUAAUUUUUCUUAAGAGCAUGUACCAAGCCAGCAAAAGAAGCAAGGUGCCAAGGUUUGAGGGCUCUGACUGUACUCUCAUAACUAGGGUUACUAUUCAUUCACCUUCAUUCCAUCUCCUACAGGUUUUGACCUCAAACAGGCUCUAGAGGUUUCAAGGAGCAAAGCCAAUAGUUUGCACCCCACCAACAUAACUUGAUGGCUGUGACCUCUUGUUACACAGAAAAGACAGGUCCCAGAAAUGUUGCAGGGAUAUUAUAGAAACAAACAAAGGGGCAAAUGUUCACUGUUCCACAAAAGAGGGCUGUUGAGGCAGCCACCCUCAUGCUGGAGUGUGGCUGGAGGAUCCAAUCCCAUCAGCUCAUAAGCACCUGAAAUGCUUUCAUAUAGCCAAUAAGCACGGCUCUUGUCUUAAUAGGGGCCUUCCCCCAAAUCCAUCGCUGUGACAAAGUGACAGCAGCUGUGAGCAUCUCAGACCACACACUUCCUGUAGCAUAAGCCAGCAUGAGGCGAGAGAGAAAAUAGCAUUAAUCUGCACCCUCCAAAACCUGAAAAAAUAUCUGAUGUUCUUAGGCACAAAUGACAGGUGCGGGUGAAGUGCAGUGCUUUUGUGGUCCCUUCAAAUGAGCACACAACUAGAGUAGACUGAUAUCCACAUUGCCACAUUUUGCAUCAGCAAUCUGGUUGUCUUCACAGACAGCACCUUAAGGGAAAUCUUGCCUCAGUGGGCUCACAUGACUCAGAAGAGAGACCCCCCCCGAGCACCACAGGCAGCUCCCACUGCAGAACAGAUGGACAACCAUUUGACCUCUGCUGCCUCACUCCCUGCAGAAACUGCUUUAGGAGAAGGUGACUAAACAGCAGCCUUCCACCAAAACUAGCAUGAUACAAUUAAACCAAUGAUGCGUAAACUUUAAUUGCAAAAUGCGGCAGGCUUCUAUCCAACCGAAGCCUGAGGAAAGACAACAUUGAGGUCCUCCCCACUGUCAAACUGCCCAGUGUAGUAAACCAAUGCAUGGACAGACAGUGUGUUUCCAUCAACCAGUUUUUUGUAUAUUUUCAAUUAAAAACUGAAAACACCAGAUAUUGUUAAAACAUUUUUACUCUGUGCUGAGGUCAAAAGUUGGCGUAUAGAUUAAAACAAAAUGCAAUGAAAGUGCAAUGGAAAGAGAGUCGAAAAACAAAAACCUUCCUAAAAAUGCAUGAAACAAACAUAAAUGCCCAUUUCCAUCACAUUUUCCACAUGGUUUCCAUCGUUUAAAAGUUUGACUGCUGCUCUUUUACGUCAUCUCAACAUCUUGACUAGAGUAGACUCGAGCUAGUAUUAAGAUAUUGUGAAAACCAUCACUACCAACAUAUUAAUAUCAGUAUCACAACCAAGACAUAGUCACUGAAGAGGAAGACAUCGGUAAUAAAAUUAUAAAGGAAUAAAGGAAUUACUUUACACACAGUCCAGGAUGCUAAAAGGAAACCAAGAUAGUCUUAGGAAUGGAUGCGAAAAAAGUGAACCAGUACUCAACAGUAAAGCCAGGCAGCAGAAUUGAGAGAUGACAACUAAGAACAUAAUCUGCUGAGAAGUGGUUACCAGCGGAAAAGUGGGAGACCUCCUCAACAUAAGUUGAGGUGUGGAAAGAGCUAAAAUGGGGCCAUGUACCAUUCAUCCAGCCACAUACUCCACUACACAGUGAUACUUGAGGGGAAGGAGGCCAUCUUCAUCUCAUCAAAUUCAUAUUGUUGUCCCUGUUACUCAUUCAGUCUAUAUGAAAGUAGAUGCUUGGUUAGAAGGCAAUAAGUAUUUUUAAGAUCUGGGUCAGUGAAUUGGCUGAUUGGCUAAAAAAAGUACAUACAGAUAUCUGUGCAUACAGCAGGGGUGACUAAGCAAGCCUUUUGAGCCCAUUCAAGGUCAAAGCCUGUAUGAGAUAAGAUGAACAGGAGGAGGUGCAGGGGAAACUAAACACACAAACACAUUUUACUCACCUCUCAAAAUCUAAAAUGGUGUUUAUACAGAAGUUAUAUGGGUUACAGUCUAGUGCCAUUUUCUCUUGGAUAUUUUUGGUUUGCCCAUGUGGCCUCUGCCAGAUCAUGGUAUCUUAACAUGAGCACAGAGAGCCCACCACCAACUGUGUUCAAUUCAUUAGCAAAAGCACUGACUGGUGCUGUUUCAGGGGGUCAGACAGAUGAGACAGAUGGGAGGUAGUUAAACAGGAUGGAUGUCCAGCAGUAACUAUUUAUAACUUGCUGAAUAUUGAAUAAAAUACAAUUAAAGUAACUAGCUGUCAGUGCUGAUGUGCAGCAACGGUUAUCCUGAUCGGUUAGGAUUCCCCCACCCAGGAGUACAGUCCUGGAUAGCAGAUAAUUGCACUGAAGGAGGUUUCAUGUAAAAAUCAUGCUCUGUUACAUGGGACCGUGAUAUUUAAAUUUUAGGUUUAAACGUUUACAUUGCUCAGAGAAUAUAUCUACACCUGUUGCAGAACGCUCUGACUUUUAGAACUAAAACACAAAUAGAUGUUUUGUCAGCACUUUUAUUUUGGCAUAAAGUGCAUUGUCGUAUUGAUUUAAUUGGGCAGUAACAGAGUUGCAUUCAUCUCACCUUUGUGUCACCAUUCUGUAAUUGGUAAAUGAAAUAAAUAUACAACAGGAUGAGAAAAGUUGAUUAGAAGUGCAAGUUACUGUGUUAUAUUGCUGCAGUCAAAUAUAUAAACUCAGUUUACAAGUAUUAAAGAACAUUGUGGAAGCAGAUAUUUCUGAGUCAGGGUUGGAAGUGAGGCGGAACAAUCAGUACAGUGUGUGUGUUCAAUAACAAGGCAGGAAGUUAGCCGUCUGGCUUCAGAUACUGGCAUUGUUUAAGCUUUGGCACGGCUGCCUCCUCACUGAGGCUUAACGACUACAUUUUUGAAAGUGUAAAAACUCAGUCAGCAUCUGCAGCCAUACAAAAGGUCCAAUGCACCCGUAAGCGCCUCUACACGAUUUGUGAUUUCAACAAGAGUUUUGGAUGAGUAAGGCUAAGGCAGGUCUUUACUGGUGUUCCUGAAAGAAAGUACAUUAAAAAAAUUCUGUUUCAGAAGUAGGUUGAAUUUUUCCAAAGAGCUUGUAUCGGUACAAACAACAGUCUCCUCUCAUUACAACGAGAGGAAUGUUCAUGCCAUUUUCCACUGCCUUGUGUAUUCCUCUGUCUCUCCUGACAAGCUACAUUAUCCUGGUCAGACAUACAGUAUCACUGUCUGAGAUGCUUCAGUGCUUAAGUUAAUUUGUCGGUGAGCCAUAUGUAUUUUUUCUUUUGUCUCGUUCAUUCUCUUUGGCAUUUGAAAAAAUUGAAAAAAAAAAAAGAAUAAAAUCCUGGUUGACUGAAGUUUUUUUACAGAAUGUUUAGAACAAAAUGUGUUAUGCAAGGUCAUUUUGAUGUUAAUCGUUUGCUGCACUUUUGCUAAAACAUAUGCUGUGAGUGUGGUACUGUUGUGAUUUGCAAAAUCAGAUAACUAUGGAGCACAUUAAGAUAUUUGGAGCUGUCGGUGCACGGUGUUUGAAGUGUUUUGGGGGAACUGAAGUUGAUGGUUAUACAAGCAGACAUGCCUUACCAUUUUUAAAAGACUAAAAUGGAUUGCUUAUUUGGCUUUUGUUACACAUUCUUGUAUACAGAAAAUAAUACAAAGGUAAUAAUAAACAUUUUAUUAAAAAAA